UCCUUACACUAACGCCUUUUUCAAAAUAAUCCUUUCUUACUCCAACUGCCUCUCUCUCCACUUCCUCCACCACUCGCUCCUCCAUAUCACAGUCUUUUUAAGUUCUCAGAAUCUCAACUCCCAGCCAGACUCUCCCUCUCCGUAAAACUCUUUCUAUCUCUUGUUUAGGAGAGCUUGUCUCUCUGAGCUAGAGCUCUCUCAAACUAUUUUCCUCUCUCACCCUCUCUUAAAGCAUCUGUCUCUGCUGCCAUGGCGGUUGCAGAGUUAUCGCCUUCAUACACCAAGACCCACCUUCAAUCCUCUCAAAUAUCAUUCUUAUCGAACCGUUUCUACAAUCACCGCCGCUGCGCUUUUCGACCGUUCCCUCGAGCUAGAAGUACCGCAAUCUCGUGCUCUGUUGCACCAAAUCAAGUUAAAUCUCCGGUCGCAGUGCAAGAUGAGGACCCCAAGAAGAAGUCUGAAUGCUACGGCGUGUUCUGCCUCACCUAUGAUCUCAAGGCUGACGAAGAGACAAAAUCGUGGAAGAAAUUAAUUAAUAUUGCAGUCUCGGGUGCUGCUGGGAUGAUAUCUAAUCAUCUGCUUUUCAAACUUGCAUCUGGUGAGGUUUUUGGUCCUGAUCAACCUGUUGCUUUGAAAUUAUUGGGUUCUGAAAGGUCCUUCCAAGCCCUUGAAGGUGUUGCUAUGGAAUUGGAGGAUUCUUUGUUUCCUUUGCUGAGGGAGGUUAGUAUAGGCAUUGAUCCAUAUGAUGUGUUUCAAGAUGUAGAAUGGGCCCUUUUAAUAGGAGCAAAGCCUCGAGGGCCUGGGAUGGAACGGGCUGAUUUACUAGACAUAAAUGGGCAGAUUUUUGCGGAGCAGGGAAAGGCUCUCAAUGCCGUUGCAUCCCGUAAUGUCAAAGUAAUAGUUGUAGGCAACCCCUGCAACACUAAUGCAUUAAUUUGUAUGAAGAAUGCUCCAAACAUACCGGCAAAAAAUUUUCAUGCUUUGACUCGGUUAGACGAGAAUAGAGCAAAAUGUCAGCUGGCCCUCAAGGCAGGUGUCUUCUAUGAUAAAGUGUCAAACGUGACCAUCUGGGGAAACCACUCAACAACACAGGUCCCAGACUUUUUAAAUGCUAGAAUCAAUGGCUUGCGUGUCAAAGAAGUUAUCAAGGAUCACAAGUGGUUAGAAGAGGAAUUUACAGAAAAGGUCCAAAAGAGAGGUGGUGUGCUGAUCCAAAAAUGGGGAAGAUCUUCUGCUGCAUCUACUUCUGUGUCUAUUGUCGAUGCAAUCCGGUCUUUAGUCACUCCCACCCCCAAGGGUGAUUGGUUUUCAUCUGGAGUUUAUACUAACGGAAAUCCUUAUGGAAUAGCGGAGGAUAUUGUUUUCAGCAUGCCAUGCAGAUCAAAAGGAGAUGGUGAUUAUGAAUUUGUCGAGGAUGUAAUAUUUGAUGACUACCUUCUGAAGCGAAUAAACAAGACUGAAGCUGAACUGCUAGCUGAGAAGAGAUGCGUGGCCCACCUUACAGGGGAGGGCAUUGCUUUCUGCGAUCUACCCGAGGACACGAUGCUUCCUGGGGAGAUGUAACACUUAUCGGGCUGCUUUUCAUCUCAAGAAGUGAUACGAAAACUACCACAAUGAGCCGUAUGGAGAGACACUAGAUACUGAAAUUAAGAUCAUUGCAUUAUUUAUGAAAUAAAGAUUCUCUUUGAAUUUUGAAAACUUCUUUUGAUGGUAUAGCUUGCAGCUUUUGUGUUGACGCAUAUUUUCCUUUGCCCUCCUUGCAUAAGCCGAUCUGGCCUAAAUCAUCUUUCUGCUAGUAAUUCUAUUAUGAACUUCUAGUAAGUGUGAUUGCUGUCUAUCAUUAUUCGGGACCCAUGGCUUAAACUGUGUAACCUGAAAAACCUUUCUAUGAUAACCGUGUUAAUGAC